AUGCAGGGACCAAGAGCACAGGAGAGAGUUCCAAGGCUUAGCAAAGACUUCACGUCCCAGGCCCCAGUGGACAUCAAGAGUAUGAUGCCCACGGAGAGGAAGUCAUUGUGGAGGACAGCAGAGGAGAGACGGAUGUCAGACCUCACCCGGGUGCUGGAGUGGAUGGAGCGGAGGUGGGGGAAGAAGAAGCGAGCCCUGCAGAGGCAAAGGGCCAAUGAGGAACUCUUUAGAUUCGAUAAGGAAGAUAAGAAAAGCAAAGCCAACCGGAAGACACAGGAAGAGACCCAAAAGGUGUCGUUCCGGGGACCGGACACACAAAAACUCAACAAGAGAAGAGAUCCCAAGUACUCCAAGGUGUUCGGAAUGGAACAGCCAGCCAGGCAACUGAGUAUAAACCUGAACAAGGAUGGCCAGAGGAAGUCUGACUUAGACAUCAAGGAUGCAAUUGCUCUGGAGUCCACUCAGCGGCCAUACCGUCGGCAGAGCACAUCCCUGGACCCCGUGAUACAGGAUGGGAUAUUUAGUGGCCGCAGGAUCAUGAGAGACUGGACCACCAAGACCCCUGACACCACCUACGAGCGCAGGCUGAAGAAUCUCAUGGACAAGGGCACGGAGCCCAAGAUUGAGAACGUGAAGAUGCUGAAGCCCGAGGAAGUGCUGAGCUGCCGAUACCUGCGGCUGUCCAAGAACAACAUCCGCACCCUGCUGAAGCUCUGCAAGGAUGCGGGGCUGGACGUGGACAUCCACCCCCACAUGGUGGAGGCUGAGAUAGAUGCCAAGAAGGUCUUCGAUCGGAUGCCCAGUGUGUCCCUCUAG